GUUGUUCACUUCAGUGCCAGCCAGCACCUGAAAUACUCUCGUUGCGAUACAAUCUUUCCCCUCUCCUCGGAGAGUUUCUCGAGCGCGGAAAAACAGAAAAUCGCGAGAACUUGGCGGCUUCGUGAAAGAUCGAGGGCAUAACGAUCUCGUUUUACGAUCAGACGCGAUCGUUUCGUCGAUGUUCUUAAAGCCAUCGCUACUACAUCGUUACACCACGAUAAACGUACCAAGAACACUUGCGACGACGACGCUAAAGAUUCGUCUUAGACGCGAUAGUUUCAUGCAAGAGGUAUCUCGUUGAAAAAGUGCGUUUUCAGCGUUCUCAGUGUACAAUCGAAUGUCCACGUCUUGAAACAUGAUAGUUUCUUGAUGUGGAGAAAAGAAGUGGAGAGAAUCAAGGGUGCUACUGAUACUUCGGAGAAGAAGCCGUAUAAGCGUGUGCUUGAUCAUUGAUCACUGUGCAACAAGUUCGACAGUGAUUAGAGAACUUCGAAGGAAUUCAGUGAUCGUUCGAUUUCAAAGAGAUAGAAAACUUCAGGGUUAUUUUUCUUUUUGUUCAACUCCACACGAUUUUUCCACGUUCAACGUACCUAAUCGAGCAGAAGAGAUGAGACCACCCGCGUACAAUGGUGAUGAUGAUGAUGGUGUGCAACAGAUUUCUCAGGAGCAAGGAGAGAGGAACGUGGCCAUGGCUGUUUGCGUGCAGUUGGCGGGCCGGGCGAUAAUUAGGGUAGUUUCCCGGUGCGAAGAGGCGCAGGACAAUUGUAAUCUAGAUUUGUCAGAAUGUCAGCUGAUGCAAGUACCUGAUGCGGUUUAUCACUUAAUGAGACAUACAGAAUUAAAAAGAUGCAAUCUAUCUGGGAAUGUAAUAACAAAAAUACCACCAAAAUUUGCAAUCAAAUUUUCACUAAUCACUGAACUGAACCUGAGUCAUAAUCAAAUGAGUAAGCUACCAGAGGAACUUGCUGAAUUGCAAGCUUUAGAAAGGUUGGAUAUUUCGCAUAAUACUUUCAUUGCUUUGCCACCCGUUACAUAUCAGAUACCGCAACUCAAGCGGCUUCUUGCUAACAAUAAUUCAAUAAUUGACAUAGAUGUCGAAAGACUCAGGCACGCUCCCGCGUUGGAAUUUAUUGAUCUUCAAGACAAUCCACUAACGGCUAGAAUGUACGAUCUGCUCAGUACUCUGACUCGAAUUAAAAUUGAACUGUCGCCUCGACAAGUUGAAGAAUGGGAGGAUCUUACUAUUUGAAGUAAACCUAUAGCUCAAAGAAAAUAAUAAAAUCUGCCAAAGCAGCUGAUUGUCGAAUAAUCGUCCUACAUGGACGUAGUUUGCUUCCAUUACUAUUGACUGAGAUUGUUCGAAACUUCGCAAACAGAUCGUUACGCGAAUUCAGAACAAGAGCAAGUAUUUUGUACAGUGACAAAAAAGCAUAUGACUGACCGAUAACAGGUGUGACGAUAAGCGGCAAAAAUCAGAAGGAAAUGAAACUCUCUAUAGUUGACGUUCUUUAUAAUCCGUACUUAAGUAUAGACUUGCCGCGUACCUGGAACUUUCUUCAUUGAUCUCGAGGAUAGCGAUCGAUUGUCACUUCUUUUACUCUCGUUUUGUACCGUGUGGAUUUUUUUAGAUAUUAUUCUGCUGCUCGCUCAUUUGGCCCGCGUAAUGCUGUGAUUCAUGUAUAUGUAACAUUGCGAGCUGCCGAUUAAAUUUACAUAUUUUUACUAACUCCAAAUAAGUAUCCUGUACAUUUAAGAUAUGUUUUAUUAUUUUUUAUGCGUGGACUUGCGACACAUUGUGUAAUAAAAUCGUACGACUGCCAACCUAUAGGCGAUUUAUUGUUGACAUUUUCGCCAUAAAUAGACCGAUAUUUUGAUUUUAUGAAACAUUUAAUGAAAAAAGAAGAAUAAAAUGUAUAAAUCAGAUACACCGAUGGUGAUAGAUAUAUGAGAAUUCGUGGGUUUCCUCGGUUUAGAUACGUAUUUCAUGAACUUGCAAGAUUUUACAGGGAUGAUUGUAUUUAAUUUAUAUAAACGAUAUGUAUUAAACUGUAUUAUGUAUUAAUUAUAAUGUAGCUCUGUGUAUAUGCACAACAGGUAUCAGAAUGUAUUGCUCUGUAUUUCUGAUCUAGUCAAUUGUCCGCGAAAUGUUAAAAUAUACUUUAAGAAACACA